AUGAUUGCGGCUCCAGCUAUUUUUCCAUUCGCAGGGUAUCUGGCUGCGGUUUUCGCACUUAAAAAUGUCCGCUUCGUAAAUUCUCCAGUAAACUCGGCCAGGCUUGGUACAGAAACUUCUGAGGCUGACGUGUGGCCUGCGGCGCCGACGAUGCCUCCGCAUCUGCGCUUCGCCGCGAUACCUCUGAAGCCGCGGGACAGCAGUCAAAAUUGCGGUUAUUUCGAGACGACUCCAAGCCCUCAAAGAGAGAAUGGUCCCCCUAUCGGAGCCAUCGUUGGCGGCGCAAUUGCCGGCCUCGUAGUCAUGGGCCUGAUCGUCACCGCAAUCGUAUGGAUUAUACUCCGCAACCGCAAAAAGACCAGCAAAGACGAUGACAACUACAACGGUGGCCCAGCCGUAGCCGGAACGAAUCAGCCUUACACCUACUCAACAGUGCCCGCCCCAGGAGCAACAUCGGAAUGGCAGUCCCAGACCCCGGCUCCUACGUACGAGCCUUACAAGAGCAAUCAUCAGCCCGCCAACUCGGGCGCGUAUCAAUAUCAGUCUACAACGCCGUCUCAGAGCCCGGAUCCCACUUCGAGAUUCGGAGCGCUGCCUACCGACUAUUCUUCGAAUCGUAUAUCUGAGGUGCCGGCUAUAAACUUGGGCGGCACGGGAAACAACGCUUCUGAACUACAUUUCGAUCACGUCCAAAGAACGCAACUCGCGCAUUUUUACUUGAUUGUGAAUGUACACGCUGGAAUAUGGAUGUAA